AUGAGCACAGAAAGCAUGAUCCGGGACGUGGAGCUGGCUGAGGAGUCACUCCCCAAGAAGGCAGGGGGCCCUCAGGGCUCCAGAAGAUGUUUAUGCUUCAGCCUCUUCUCUUUCUUCCUCGUGGCAGGAGCCACCACUCUGUUCUGUCUGCUUCACUUCGGGGUAAUCGGUCCCCAGAGGGAUGAGUUUCCAGACAACAUCCAGCUAAACAACGCUCUGGCCCAGACACUCAGAUCUUCUCGAACACAGAGUGACAAGCCUGUAGCCCAUGUUGUAGCAAGCAUCAAAUCUGAGGGACAGCUGCUAUGGGAGAGUGAGGUUGCAAAUGCCCUCCUAGCCAAUGGCAUGAAACUGACAGACAACCAGCUGGUGGUACCAUUGGAUGGACUGUAUCUCAUCUACUCUCAGGUCCUCUUCAAGGGCCAAGGCUGCCCUUCCACCCAUGUAUUCCUUACCCACAACAUCAAACGAUACGCUGUCUCCUACCAGAAAGAUGUCAACCUCCUGUCUGCCAUCAAGAGCCCUUGCCAGAGUGAGACCCCAGAGGGGGCUGAAGCCAGACCCUGGUAUGAGCCCAUCUACCUGGGAGGGGUUUUCCAGCUGGAGAAGGGUGAUCGACUCAGUGCAGAGAUUAACCUGCCCGACUACCUUGAUUUUGAUGAGUCUGGGCAGGUCUAUUUUGGGAUCAUCGCCCUGUAA